AAAAACGCCGAGGAAAUAGCGCCGGCGCAUUUUAAAUUUGUGCAAGAGAUGGCAGACCGGUUUAUAAUAUUGGUUCGAUAUAGCGGAAUACCGCACCCCGUGGAUUGGUUGCAGCGGUUGAAGGCGUAUAGAAUAAAGAUCCGGUACACCACUAAUACUGAGGGCGUAAUUAAGUGGAUAGAUAAUAUGUUGUUGUAUAGUAAUAUUCGAUUUAGCAUGCCCUAG